AAAAAUCAAAUUAAAUCUUUAGUUAGUAAUGAUUGUUUAUGUUCAGUGGAAAGGGAGGAAAGGAAUAGAUGAAACUAGACCUUGCUGACCAUUUCAGUUAACAUCUUGUUAAUGUUUGUCCCAGCUUACAGCACUUGCGGCCCAACGCAGUUCAAAUGUGACAAUGGUCGCUGUAUAUCUGCAUUGUGGAAGUGUGACCAUGAUGAUGACUGUCAAGACAAUUCUGAUGAGAAAAACUGCUCUUAUGCCACUUGCAGGUCAGAUCAAUUCACUUGCAAUAACAGGCGCUGUAUUCCACAAAGAUGGGUGUGUGAUUUUGACGAUGACUGUCGUGAUAACUCUGAUGAACAAGGAUGCACCCCAGCACCAACAACAUCACCCCCACCAGCCAACUGUUCGUCAUCCCAGUUUCCUUGUCACAAUGGUCGCUGCAUUCCAAGUAGGUGGUUUUGUGAUGGGGACCAGGACUGCGGUGAUGGAUCUGAUGAACCACGAAAUUGUUCCUGUAUGUUGAAGAAUAGAUAGCUAAUUAGAGGGGCUACGUCACAUCCUAUUUUAGGACUGUUAUGUAAUU